CAACAUUACCGACAGUGAGCCAUUUUUUAUUACCCGUUGGACUGAACGUCUUCCUCUCUAGCCAUGGCAGAUGGAAAACAGGAUAUUGUGAUUGUGGGGGGUGGCAUCAUCGGCUGCACAACGGCCUACUAUCUCACUAAACACCCGUCCUUUGAUCCUUCACGUCAUUCCAUAACUCUGUUCGAAGCAACACGAAUUGGCGGCGGAGCAUCAGGCAAAGCCGGAGGAUUACUUGCUCAGUGGGCAUAUCCCGCGUCCAUUGUACCACUGAGCUUCGACCUACACAGCCAGCUUGCUGAGGCGCACGACGGCGUACGGCAAUGGGGCUACAGGCGCAUCAACUGCGGCAAGCUGACCGCGAAGGACCAAAAACUAUCUACAUCAGAGGCUGCUACGUCGUGGACCCAGCUCGCUACGUGGUUUCCGCUGGGUAAGAGGAAAUACAUUAAGGAGGAAAACAGGGAUCUACCCGCCAAAGACUUUCCAGAUGAUCUAGAUUGGUUCAAUGCUAAGUCCAUCAAGAGCUACGAGGAUAUAUCCACAACGAAUGCCACGGCCCAGGUAAAUCCAUUGCAGUUUACCAUGACGAUGGCAAGGCUCGCGGAGGAGGGCGGUGUCAAGGUUGUUUUAGGCUCGGUAGAUGCUAUAGGUUAUGCUCCGGAUGAUCAGCAAUCGCCGAGGGAACAGUAUGUGGCGAACGAGAAAGCUGGAGGUUUCAUAGCAGGGAAUGCGGCUCGUGAGAAGAGAGUGCAAUCGGUAAGCUACAUUGACAAAGCAACAUCUGAAUCUCGAUCAAUACCAGCCACUAUUGUUGUCAUUGCUGCAGGGCCAUGGACGCCGGUCCUAUUACCUUCCGCCCCCAUCUCCUCCCUGCGCGCGCACAGCGUCACCAUCCGGCCCACGAAACCUGUCUCGGCGUACUGUCUCUUUACGGAGAUCCCCGUGGCCCCGGAGGAUGCGGAUGGCGAUGGAGCAGAGCAGGGAGAUCCGGCGGUGCCGCGGGAGAUCGCGAAGGUCAUGUGCCCCGAGAUAUACUCGCGGCCGAAUAACGAGGUGUACGUCUGCGGCUCGGGCGAUAACGUCGUUCCUCUACCGGCGAACACCGACGCGGUGGAGGUCUCUAGACAGGACUGCCAAAACAUCAUUGAUGCCGUUGCGAGCAUAUCUGAUGAGCUCGGAAAUGGCGUCGUCACUAGUCGCCGCGCUUGUUAUCUGCCUGUGAUGAAUGUAGGUGGCUCAGGAGGGCCGCUGAUCGGGGAGACGGGGGUUCCAGGGUUGUUAUUGGCGGCGGGACAUAGCUGCUGGGGCAUCCACAAUGCGCCAGCAACCGGAAAGCUCAUUAGUGAAAUCAUCUUCGAUGGCGAGGCAACCAGUGCAAAUAUCAGGAGUUUGGAUCCUAGACUGGUAGUAUAGAGUGCGUAAUCCAAAUAAAUCCUUCUACCGAACUGACAAAGAGCUUUGAAUCUUUAUUUUUACACGUAAGACACAAGGAAUUUUUGGGACCGCU